AUGUGCCCCAACAAACUGAGGGAAAUAACGAGAGAGCUGUUCCCUCAUCAUGAUAUCAAUAGCUGGCCGCAAGUCCCGUACGACUGGGAUACAAGCGAGGAGGAGUUAAUAUCGUUGGAAGAACUGCGCGACAUCGCCAAAUCCCUUCAACUGGAAAAGGCUCCGGGUCCAGAUGGUAUCCCGAACAUUGCAGUUAAGGCCGCGAUUAUGGAAUUUCCCGAAAUGUUCCGAUCGUCACUGCAAAUUUGUAUAGAGGAAAGAAUGUUUCCAGAUAUUUGGAAACGGCAGAAGCUGGUUCUGCUGCCCAAACCAGGAAAGCCAUUGGAGAACCCAUCGGCAUACAGGCCAAUAUGCCUACUGGAUACGGUUGGAAAGAUUCUGGAAAAGGUGAUCUUUAAUCGUAUCUAUCGGUACACCGAGGGUGAAGGCGGAUUGUUUAACAAUCAAUUCGGCUUUCGAAAAGGGCGAUGCACAGUCGACGCCAUUCGAACUGCCAUCGAAACGGCUGAUAAAGCCAGACUCAAGAAGAGAAGAGGGAACCGUUUUUGUGCAGUAGUAACAUUGGACGUGCGCAACGCCUUCAAUAGUGUCAGCUGGGCAGCGAUUGCUUCUUCGCUUAUAAAAAUGAGGAUACCGAAAUAUCUCUGCAAAUUAGUGGAAAUCUAUUUCCAGAACCGUAAGCUUCUAUACAUGACGAGCGAAGGAUUUCAGGAAAUGGAUGUUACAGCUGGAGUGCCGCAAAGGUUGCCGAAUAUCAAGGAUGGCGAAGAUAUCCUGACCUGCGGUACCCUGGAAUACUACGACAAGACGAACGACCGUGUCAACGUGAAGAACGAACGCGCCUUGCAACGUGUGGACAGAAUCUUCCACACCGUUACGACUACCGACGAUCCGAUCAUUCGGCAGCUGUCGAAGACGCAUGGAAACGUGUACGCCACUGAUGCCAUUCUGGCCACCAUCAUGUGCUGUACCCGAUCGAAUUAUUCUUGGGAUAUCGUAAUUGAGAAAAUCGGUGAUAAGCUCUUUAUGGACAAACGCGAUAAUACCGAAUUUGAUCUAUUAACUGUAAAUGAAACUGCUAUCGAACCGCCUCAAGAAGACGGAAACUCUUUGAAUUCGCCCAGGAAUUUGGCUAUCGAGGCCACCUUCAUUAAUCAUAACUUCUCACAGCAAGUACUGAAAAGCGGAGCGGCUGAAGCCAAGUUCAAGUUCGAUGAACCCAAUCCCUUCAUUGGCGACGAUGAGGAUGGAGAAGUUGCUAGCGUUGCCUAUCGAUACAGGAAAUGGGAUUUGAACAAUGGAAUCGUUCUUGUUGCCCGUUGCGAGCAUGACGCCGUUUCGCAAACUCCCCAAGGAGACACACAAUUCCUCACACUCAAGGCUCUUAACGAAUGGGACUCGAAGUUGGCCAACGGUGUCGAGUGGCGCCAGAAGUUGGACACUCAGCGCGGUGCCGUUCUAGCUAACGAACUGCGUAACAAUUCCUGCAAACUCGCCAAGUGGACGGUACAAGCUCUUCUGGCCGGAUCGGACCAGAUCAAGUUCGGUUACGUUUCCCGUGCGCACAUCCGUGACUCUUCUCGACACGUCAUUCUGGGAACGCAGCAAUUCAAGCCGCACGAAUUCGCUAACCAGAUCAAUCUGAGCAUGGACAAUGCCUGGGGUAUUCUGCGUUGCAUAAUUGAUAUUUGCAUGAAGCAAAAGGAUGGUAAAUAUCUGAUUAUGAAGGACCCCAACAAGCCGAUGAUUCGUCUGUACGACAUCCCGGACAACACCUUCGAGACCGAUGGUGAAGAAGAGGAGGGAGACGAUGGCGAAGCUUUCCAGCCGUACUCUUACGGAUCGUCCGCCAAGCCGGCCGCUGCUGUUGCGGCACCUGUUGCUACUAAGAUCGAAGCCGAACCAACUGCUGUACCCCUACCAACAACGGCUGCUGCUGCCGUCGCAAGUGCUGCCCCAACUACUGCCGCCGGUGCCGUGGCCGCACAAAAGUAAACACCUUAACACAACGGUGAAUGAAAGCCGGACCCCUCUCCCCAGUUUAGUGGAACAGCAGCCUUAAGGGUUAUAAUUGAAUAAUAUUAUUAUCAUUAGCAGCAGCAGCAAAUUGUAUUGGAACAUAAUAUAAAACUUUUAGUUAGCGGUAUCGAGCAACUCCAUUAGGAAGA